UAUCCAUAAUCUGAAUCAACCCAGCUUUCAUAAUGUGGCUGGACAGAGGUCAUUUUGCUACUUCACUAUUCUUCCACUGCCUCAUACUGCUGUGCCUAUGUUCCAGUAUCCAAGGUCUGUCCCUGUCUUCCUCUCCAUCAUCUGAGGAUGGUAUCAUAUCAGUCUGUCCUGCCACCACUGUCACCCUCACCUGUACUGCCAGUGGAGUUGCUCUGGGAUGGAGAGACCAGAAUGAUGCAAUAGAUGGAUUCACUGCAGUGAUCCAGAGUCCAUGGUGAUAGAAGAAGGUCCCUACACUCUGACUCUAGUGUCAGUAGACAAUGAUGAUGGCGAUUCUUUUGCUGACUUUACCUCUACACUGGAGGUGGCAGUGGAUGACAUUGCCAAUAGAACUAACAUCUCCUGUGUUAUACUCGGAAAUCAGACACACCUGGUCAUCUAUAAAAUAAGAGCACCAUCUCCUCCAUCUAAUGUGAUUGUGAAGACGGAGAAUUUCCAACCUGACAACUUCUCCAUCAUCAUCUCCUGGGAGUCAGGGGAAGAUGAAGUGGUUGAUGAGUACAGAAUACUGACCAACACCACUACACAGUCCAUCACCACUACCAAUACAACUGUAGUUCUAGAGGGAGUGUACAACAUUCCUCUGGAAAUCAGAGUCUCAGCCAUCAACUGUGCAGGCACUAGUGCAGAGGUC